AGGAGAGCGGAGAGAAAACAAACCACAGGGCGGGUUCAGCCGGAGUCUGUUCGGUUAGUUCGGUGUCCAACGGAGAUUUUUAGGUUUAAACGUGUGUUUCAGAUGCAUCGGUGGGAUGUGUCUCCGUUCUCAGUGACUCCAGCUGCCAGCCUGCUGUCCAGAUGUGUCUCUAUAGGAGCUGUGUCCCAGGAGGAGAUAGACUCCGCCUCUUCGAGCCAAAGCCCCACCUUCUCCUCGCAGGUGCAGCAGGUUGAACAGCGAAUCACAAUGCAGAAACAGCUGGAUGAGCUGCAGCUGCAAUUGGAGCUGCUGAAAGUCGACAAGCAGAGCGCCGACGUCGCUCACAGUUUCCACCUCGCUCAGAGGUUCCAGCUGCUGCAGAUGUUGGCUUCACACCUGCAGGACAUCCUGAAAGAACAGAAGAGUCUCAGACAGAGACUGAUGAAGCCGCUGGCUCGAACCAACCUGCCUGUUCCCGCUCACCUGCACAGGUUCGUGGUCAACUCGGUGAAGCUGAUGAUGGACUUCAUAGAGACGCUGGAGGAGAAAUUAAGCUCCGCCCACAGCUGGACCUCUACUAGAGAACGCCUCAUGCUGCUGGACUCCUCGCUCGCCCUGCUGCUGGCUCAGGCUGCAGAGAUGGAAACUCUGUCCAAUCAGAUCCUUCAGUGGAAGACGGUGGGCAGCAGCCAGCUCAGUGACCUCUCACCUUCAUCAUCAUCUUCAUCAUAGACUUUAUUUUAAUGAAUGUUUGUAAUAAAAUCUGAAUUUGUAGCAGCAA